GCGAGCUCCGGGACCUUGUCGCGAAAGAUGAGGGCGGGUCCAACGCAGCAGCUGCAGGGAAUCAGCAGCCACUCCCACCACUUUCAGCUGAUAUUACUACAACCUUAAUGUGUGAGAAGAAGUAAAUAAUCGGUAAAGACGCAGAACUGGCUGGCUGUUCGCGUGGAGUCGUGUUGCGAGUGUCUGUACCCUGCACCUCCGACGACCGGCAUGGCGUAUGGCGUGGAGGUCUCUACUGGAUAACUUUCCGUUUGCAGUCGCAGUUUUGGUUCUUUCAGUUGGAUGUUAUGUUAAUGGAUGGGCACAUCUGCAUUCGCAGAGCUACUAGCUACAUAGCCGUACAUUGUCAGUAGUGCAUCCACUUCGAGAUGGCUUCACAAGUUUACGGUUCCUACAUACAUAACACAACAGUCCAUCACGGUUGCCAACGUCACAGCCGGGGUGCAAAUUGGUACUGUAAUGGGAGGAGAAAUGUUACAUUCCUGCUGUUUAUUAUGUUGCUUCUGCUACUGCUAGGGCAUUUGGGAGUUUGUUCCGGAAGACCUGAUGCAUUGGCUUCGUCCUCCAGUUCGACAACAUUGAGAACGACAUCUCCACCUUCCGGUAAUCAAUAUUACAGCGAUAGUAACAGUAGACAGUUUUCUUGGUCAGUUAAAGGCAUGGAUCCCACUAAUGAAGGUGAUGAUAGGGACGUAGGUGGUGAUAGUGGUGUUGGAGAUGCAUAUCCUUCCGCUUCUUCAUCCUCAGGACGUUCACCGAUCCCACACGAUGAUAGCGAUGGCUUCGAAGAAAGCAGUCCCAGGUCAUCAGGGCCUGUCUUCAUGCCGAAUACGGGUGACGUACAGGCUGCGCAAGCCGACACGGAACACAAUGGCAAUGGAGACACGAAGCGUUAUCCUGUCGCAUCUGUGGAGUUUGAUCGUGUGAAGACGCCGUUCAUCAUCGGUGUCUGGAUCUUUUGUGCCAGCCUCGCCAAGAUCGGUUUCCACAUGACGCCGAAACUGUCUAGAAUCUUCCCCGAAUCGUGCCUGCUGAUCGCUGUGGGGGUGAUCAUUGGUGUGCUGCUCACUCAAACAGGGAAUAUGAACGUUUCACCCCUCACCCCUGAUACAUUUUUCCUGUACAUGCUGCCUCCAAUCAUACUGGAUGCUGGAUACUUCAUGCCGAACCGACUGUUCUUCGACCACUUGGGUACCAUCCUUCUGUUCGCUGUUAUUGGAACCAUCUUCAACACGCUUACCAUCGGUGUCUCUCUGUGGGCAGUGGGGCAGAGCGGUCUGUUCUCCUGUGACACCCCACUGCUGGAGAUGUUUCUGUUCUCUGCCCUCAUCUCCGCAGUGGAUCCUGUCGCAGUGCUCGCCGUCUUUGAAGAGAUCCAUGUUAACGAAAUUCUUUAUAUUGUUGUUUUCGGCGAGUCUCUGCUCAACGACGCCGUCACCGUGGUGCUUUAUCACAUGUUUGAGGCCUACACGGAAAUGGGCCCCACAAAUAUCCUCUAUACAGACCUUCUGGCUGGAUUUGCUUCAUUCUUUGUGGUGGCACUUGGUGGUACCAUCAUUGGCAUCCUGUGGGGCUUUCUUACAGGCCUUGUCACCAGAUACACGCACCAGGUCCGAGUCAUUGAACCCAUCUUCAUCUUUGUCAUGGCAUACUUGGCCUACCUUAACGCUGAGAUCUUCCAUAUGUCAGGAAUACUGGCUAUCACAUUUUGCGGCAUAACAAUGAAAAAUUAUGUGGAAGCCAAUAUCUCUCACAAAUCGCACACAACUGUCAAGUAUGCAAUGAAGAUGUUGAGCAGUUCUUCAGAAACCAUUAUCUUCAUGUUCUUGGGUGUGGCCACCAUCAACAGUAGGCACGACUGGAACAUCUGGUUCGUUGUACUCACCAUCGCCUUCUGUUCCAUAUACCGCACCAUAGGUGUGAUCCUACUCACAGCUAUUGCAAAUCGUUUUCGAUUGCAUAAGCUAAAUAAAGUUGAGAAGUUUGUGAUGUCAUAUGGUGGGUUGCGAGGAGCAGUUGCCUUUGCUCUUGUGCUGCUGAUUGACAAGCAUCACGUGAAGCUGCAACCAAUGUUUGUCAGUACAACAAUAGCUGUUAUCUACUUCACUGUUUUCUUCCAGGGAAUAACCAUCAAGCCUCUCGUCAAAAUCCUCAAUGUAAAGAGAGCUGAAAAAAGAAAACCAACAAUGAAUGAAAGAAUUCAUGAAAGGUUCAUGGAUCACUUGAUGGCAGGAAUUGAGGACAUAUUGGGUCGCCAUGGCAAUUAUCAUGUGCGGGACAGGUUCAAGAGAUUUGACAACAAGUUCAUCCGUCCAUUGUUGCUGAGAGACCAUCGGGGAGCAGAACCUAAAAUCCUGGAGACAUACUCAAAACUAGCAAUGAAAGAUGCAAUGGAAUACAUGCGAAGAAAUGCAUCUACUAUUGGUAACAUCUCCGGUACUGAAUCCAUGUCGGCCAUCUUUCGCAAUUAUACUACAGGCAACAUCAAUGGAAAUCUGAGUGGUACACUUAAUGGCAGCACUAGUUUCAGCCAAUUGGACUCAAGCACCUGGAACAUAGACAUGCAGGAGUUGGAGUACAACCCAUCCAAAAAGGACUUGACAGAUGCCAGGAUCCAUCAUUUACUUGCAGAAGAGCUGUGUAAACCCUAUCGCAGGGUAAGAGAACACCGGAGGUUGAGCUACAGUCGACAUGCAGUAAACGACCGAGACCUCUCUACACAACCUGUCAAUUACCGCAUGCAUAUGAAUAUACGGCGUAUGGUUGGUGAAAGGAAGCACCAUCAUAAACGAAGCAAGAGGUUAGGCAAGGAUGGGAAACAAAAUCAUGUUAGUUUCCCAGGAAUCACACAGAAUGGUUCAGCAAAACAAUUUUCUCAUGAUUACAUCAAUGAGGUUCUUCAGGAGUCAGAGAAUGAUGGAGAUGGCACCAAGUCUACUAGCAAGGAAGACUGGGACAGUGCCAUCACAUUCACAGCCAGGACUUCACCUGGCGGAACACCAGAGGCAAGUGUGUUGACCCAAAUAACUAGCCUCCCGGGUUCCAAUCCCCGGAAAGCCCGUCUGAUCAAGCAGUAUUCAAAACCUACCAUUGAUUACGAUGAUGCACCCACAGUAGCUGAGGUUUCCCUACCUUGGAGACGAGGCGUAAAUGGGGAUGAAACACAUACUUCUGGAAAUAAUGAAGCAACCAAGAAACCUUCUCAAGAGAUGGAUGGUUCAACGGGGACAAAUGCCGCUGCAACUGAGAGUGCACGGGUGACUACCCCAACUGCGACUGAGACCAUGUUGCCGUGGAAAAGGGACGAUGAAGGGGAAAGCACAUGUCCACUGAAACAGAGUGAAUUUCCUGCCUGGUGCUCCAAUAAGGAAUAUCUUGCUUACAGUUCACCCUCGGCCACAUUCUUAGGUGGAAUUGAACAACCUAAGAUUGCUUCUGUGAUUGGACUAUUCCGUCGCGAGAGUUCAGGCUCAGUACAGGAUUCACGUGCCAGCUCUGAGUCUUCAUUACACCAUACUAGUGGCCCUGAAUCUCCUCCUGCUCCUGGUGCAGUUUUACUCAUUGAAGAAGGAGGUCCUGAGCCAUUAGCAGGCAUGCUGGGUAUACCUAGACGUCCACCAGUUGGCCGCCGCGGCUCAAUGUUAGAGUUGGGCUCCACAACUGUGAACUCCAUUCCUGAGGAGGAAGCCACAACACCGCUCACCUCACCCCAGAAUUCUCCUUUGUCAUCAUUGUCAGACCAGCGAUGGAUGGCACUGGGAAAAGGUUCAGGAUCACUCUCCCGACUUGCUGGUCGCCUCUCGGCUCUAGUAUCAUCAUCUUCCUCGUCUUCUUCAUCUGAUGACUCUUCCAAUGAAGAUGAUGAAGAAACUGAUGAAAAAUGUGCUAUUAAUAGGACACAGAAUUAAUUUCUGUGAUGCAGUUAAUACAAGAAACAUGGAGUUUUGAAAGAUAGUUCAGUGCAGCGAUUGUUUUACAGUUGAGAAAGUUAUGUAGAUUAUCUUGGAAAUUGUAAUGGUUACUAUCCAUUAAUUUCACUGUAGUAUAGUUCAGACUGUGAUAGUCCAUUAAUUAUGACCUUUCAAUCAGUCUAGAGAUUGUAACUCAGGUCCUGAGAAGUGAUGUUAUGAAGCCUAACAAUGCUUAUCAGCUAGAAUUUUAGGAUUCUUGUGUAGAAUGAGAGAAAAAUACUGGUUUUAAACUGUAGACUUAAUGUCUUAGCAAGUUUUGGUUGUAACUGUCACUGGAAAAUUGCACAAUCAGAACAAAAACUUGUAAGCAAAUGAGUUUACUUUAUCAUAUACAUAAAUUGCAGAACAUUUCCAAUACUUUCGCAGACAAUAAACUGACGUAUAUUUCUUAUCGUUUAUUCACAAUAAUACUUGCUUUGGUAGAGUUUAUUGCCAUGGAACAACAAACCCCACUUUCUAUAAAUUCCAGUAUGACCAGCUGUUUCUUGUAUUAGUGUCCUCAUUAAUAUUUUUACUAUCAUGAGUCAGAGUUUCCAUCAACAAAGCAAACACCCUUCCCUAGUUAAAAUGUACAGUGUUGGCAGAAUAGUGCAUUCACUUUUAUGUGAAGUGGAUUUGCAGUUUUAUUCCUCCUUGUUGUUAUAAUAUUGAAAUAAAGUACACAAAUAUAGGAUUUCAUUGUGCCUAUAGAAAAGAAUUAUUUCCUGUCCUUCAUAGUUUCCAUAUAUUUUGUCAUGCAUAGGAAUACAGUAAUUCCUAACAGAAAGUUUCAGACAGCAUCUGAAUUUGCCAGGAAGAAGAGAUGGGCAUGGCAUGUUAAAUAUAUAGGAGGGAUGAGAAAUGCAUACAAAAUUUUAAUCAGAAAUCGUGAAAGAAGUAGGCUGCUUCAGAGGUGUAAGUGGAUAAUAUUAAUAGGAUGGUAAUGCACAAGUUUUUCUUGGCGAAUCAGAGUGUGAUGAAGGGGAUUGGAUUGGUCUAGCUUAGUACAGGGAAGAGUGACAGCUCCUUUAUGCAUGAUAAUGGCCCAUUAUGGUCCAUGAAAGGAGGAGAAUGUUUUGAUUUUUUGAAUAACUUCCAAGUUUUCAAGAAUUCUGCUCCCUGAUUUUAUAGCAUCUUUCUCUGUAAUUUGUAACUGUUAAAACAGUGGUUUGAAAUGAACAGAGAAUAGUAAUAAUUGCUUUAUGCUUCAGAGUUCUGAAGUAAAAGUGUAUUUUUUUUUUCAUUUGAGUUGGAAGAGCAGUUUCUUGUGAACAUGAGAUUUAAAUCUGUGGUUUUAUCUUUCUUUGCCAUACUGAGAAUUGUGAUCAGGAGUUAGCUAAAAACAUUGCUCUUAAAAGGAGACUAUACACAUGAACCAUUACAAUUUCUUAGUUCUACUGACAGUUGAUACAGUUUUGAGAAUGAUGUUAAUAGUGCUCAACAGUUAUUAAGUGCACAAAACAGGAACUGCCCACUGAAUGCUAAGAAAUGGCAUUUAGGACUGGCAGUUAUAUUGUAAUAAUUUUGAGCAUCAUACUAUAUAGAAUUACUUCAGUUUAUUGAACUUUAUUGUAUUUUGGUGAAAGAAACUUAGGGUGGUAUGCAAUAAAAAUUGAAGUAUUUUUAUUUUUAUAUUAUUAUUGGUAGUAGGAAUGUUGAUGACACUGUCUGCGCUAGUUGUAACUUUAAAAUGAUUAAUAGGCCUUCAGAUUAGUAUAGGUUGUGAAAACUCUGAUGAAACAACAAAGUAACAUACUUCCAGUUCUUGUUUAACAUGAUUAUUAAGUUAAUAUACAUUACUGUAAAUGAUUGUUAUUGUGACAUAUGUAGAUACAUAAGUAGAGUAAGGUUAUGGGUCUUUUAUCAAUAAUUUUAAGCAUGCUGGUGCCUAGUUACUUACCCAGACUUUGUCAUUCUGAUACUCUCUUCAGAAGGAGAUUAAGUAUUUACAAGAAGCAUAUAGAACUCUUACUGUUAAUAUAAUUGGUUUUAUUUUAUCGGACAUAGAGAAACUGUAUCAACUGGCAAAGGGAGCCAUACUAGUUAAUGCAGCAAAUGAAGACUCUGUUCAACAAACUGUUGGUGGUAGAUGAGUUCCUAGGAUGUGUGUGUGCCUGUUACAGGGAGAAAAUGUAAUAUCUUCACUUAUGAAUGAGUUGCAUUAUUCGUAGAGAAACAGGAAAUAGUUUUCAUUAAAAUACUUGGGCCAUAUAAUAGAUAAUUUCUUGGGCAUAAUGACGGUAUUUCUAGCCUAUUUUGUUUGUAACCAUGCAGUAGGCAAAUUCAGCAUUUCCUCCCAAAAUUAUAUAAUCUGUCAGAUUUAAGCAUAAAUUAUGAUUGUCAGAGAGGGUUCAGAUAUGAUAGUAUGAGUGAUCGAGAGAGAGAUUUUGUGCAGAAUAUUUCUUUGUUUAUUGGGAUCUUAUUUUACUCUAAAUGUUUUGUUGCUGCUAAGUAUAAUCUUAGAUUUCCUGAUCUGUUAUGCAUAAUCUUGCCCUUUAUGCAACUCUAAAUUGCAUCUCUGAUUAUCCCUCAGUUGGUAGUGACAGAGAGGUAAAACAUUGUUCCACAUGCAAAAGGGUAGAUGAGAGCGAAGAUUCUUAUGUUAAUUAGCCAGCUUUCAAGCGUCCUUAUUAAGUUCAUAUUGACCUUGUGACCACAGGACACUCACAUGACCUUUGCAGCUCCUUGUUAUACUACAGGCCUGUUCUUCUCUCAGUCUCCCAUUUUAAAAGGUAUGUUUCUGUAUUUUCAAAAAAAGACUGUUCUCUCACAUUUUGCAUUCAGAGAAGAACUAUUACAUUCACUUAAAAAAUGCUGCAGACUUAUAACCCAGUACAUUACUGUUUAGCUUUCUGUUUUUCUUUCCAGUUCCAGAAAAAUGUUAUGUAUCCUUUGAAGAAUGCUUUUAAUAUCUGGGAAUUAAACUGUACAUUAAUUAAUUUCUAAAUUCAGAUCAUUUGCAUAACUCUGAAAUAGAAGUCAGAAUAUGUCAAAAUGGUACGAUACUAUAAGUAUUUUCUCGACAUUUUUGCAUUUUGUCAUGAUGAUGAAUGUAUAUAGAAACUAUUAAAUUUCUUGGACUACUAUAAAGAUAAUGAAGUUAAAUAUUACAAAUCUCUUACAAAAGAUAUAAUAUAUUUACUUAAACCUAGCACAGGCAAAGAAAUGAGAGAAUAUACUUCCAUUUUUUGUGGCUUAAGUGUGAGGAAGUAGUAGGUGAGAAAUACCAUCUUCUAUCAUCAUGUCUCUCCACUUCAUCGCAUCUAUUGAUUGAUCCGUGAAUAUGCAGCAAACUAUUUGACACACCUGGGAAUCUGUGCUUAUCUAUGAUCUGCCUCGAACAGUUUGGCUCUUUGUGCCUAUAUAUUUAACAAAAUUAGGUAUGCGAGGUUGUACUUAAUUUGCAUUGUCAACAUUUGUAUAUUUUGUGAUGAGAGACAAUAUUAUUGUAAUAUACAGUACUUUAAACAAACUGUUUCUGUGAUGAAAAAGGCUGAGUUUUCAAAACAUGGGAAAUGAUUAAUUAGAUAUCAUGUUCCAUAAACAUGAUAGUUAAACAUAAUCGUGUGCAGAAAUGCAAUGUAAGUGAAGAGUAACUGUGCUCUUGGAAGAAGGCAUUGUGCAGUACUAUACAUGAACAAUCUUUGAACAUUUACAGGGUGAAAAUCCUAUUCAGUUAAUAGGUUGUUGAAACUACAGAUAAUGUAGAUUGUUUAGUUACAACUUUCUAAGGAAGGGGUGGGAUGGGGUGUAUAUAGUAUGUCAUUCAGUGAACUUGACACUAAGUUGUUACCUAAACUGGCAGUGAGAUGUGAUAACAGAAACUGCAGUAUUUCCAUUUUACUUACCACUAGGGUUAAUAAAUUUUCGGUUACACUGAAACCUGAGGGCAUCAUAGAACAUAUGCUGCUUCAGAUAUGUCAUAGGAGUUGCAUUGUUUUGGUACUGUAACAUGAAGUUUAUAGCUAGUCAUAAGUAAUCCUGUAUCACAACACAAUAUUAAUGUUAUGUUGAGGUUAUAAAGUAUUUUCCAUGGUACUAUGAUGAUGCAGGUUUGCUUGUAGACAGAAUAUACAGGCCAGGAUAAUCAUUAUAAAGUGCAGGUUUCAGUUGACUGCUAAAAUGUUACCAAUGUUACCAUAAUGGAAAUAAUCCUUUCAGUCUACUGUUUUGUCAUUAAAAUAUCUUGCCCUACAUGCCUAUUUAUGAAAACAGUACUUUAUUUUAUUUUUUGGAGAGAAAGUGUGUUUUAUACUCAUUCACUAUUUUGUGCAUUGUCAUUAAAAUCCUGUACAGAUAGACCUAUAUUAUGCAGAUAAUGUGCACAUUAAACUCUUUAUUUGAAGAGCA